AUGAAUCAUGGCAACACAUGUAACAGCAUCCGGCGGAAGCGUCUCAAAUCCGGUCUAGCCAAGUCAUCCGGCCGUCUGGUGAACAGCAGGCCUACAGAUGGGCUCUCUUCACCAUACAGCUCUUCCUACCCGGCCGCCGAUCACAUGCUGCUACCAGGUUUGCUGAAUGGCAAACCGUGCCACAAUUUCAGUCCACUAUUUAACACAAUGAUGAACCAGACUAAGCCAGCAGUAGAGGCUCGUGAUCAGGCCCCAAAACUACUUAUACCACGGCAGAUGAGUAACCGUGGUAGCACAAUAAUUCGAUGGGCAGGAAUUCUUCUUGUUGUGUCGGGUCUGGGUUGCGUUGGCCUCGUCCUGCUUCUAUGCCUUGUUGUCCUACUUCCAGCCUUCUUAGCCAACGGGGGUCUCUCAGAGCGCUCUCGCAGUCUGGGUUCGUUGUCUAUUGCCCCAGAUUCCGACGGAGGCGGAGGAACAGUGCCACGCUGUUUCACUUGCGACAAUUACGCCAGUCUGUCGGCCAGUAAGCCUGUGAAGCCCGGUUCAGCUUCUGGGCUGGCAGUGUUGGGUGGGAAACCGGUAGCUGGCGGGCAUGUUAGACUUUCAAAGGGCUAUCAACCGGACAAAGGCGUCUACAAUGAGAAUACACCUCGCUUAGACAGCAUAGAGGGUAAGUCAAGAACACAUAUUAAGUUUCGAUACCUUGAGUUGGUAUUUUGUUUAAAUUGUUUCCAAUGCAUGCAUUAA